UAAUUAUUAAUAUGUUAGCUAUAAAUAGUAAGAAGAAGAGCAUUAGAAGGAAUUACGCAGAAUUGAAAAGAAACAACCUUAGCAGUCAGAGCUGUGACGAUAACCUAUCUGAUCGCAUGCAACAGAGGAAGCUUAAAUUGGGCCUCACGAAGCUUAAGAUCAUGAAAAAUUUCAAGAGUGAGCAACUACCUGAUAGUAGUGAAUAUUACUUAGUGAAGCACCACAAGAGAUCCAACCUGAAGGAGAAUAGGAUCAAUGGGUUCCUGGAUUCUAUGAAGGUCCGACAGAUCCAUCUUGACGCAGUCCUCAAGGCAGUGAAGGCCUAAAACAUCACAAAAUUUGUACAUAAACCAUAAUUUCUCUUAAUAGUAUUUAAUC